GGCUCCCGUUACUCCUCCCCGCCCUUCUCUCGCCCAUAGUAACCAUGGCGGCAAUGAGUUUGUUGCAGCGGGCUUCAGUCACUGCUGUGGCCACUCUGUCCCGCAGCCGCCUUGGCACACGGUUUGGAUUCGGGGGUUUCCUCACCCAUGGCUUUCCUAAGACUGGCGCUCCCGUGCGACACAGUGGAGACCAUGGGAAAAGGCUGUUUAUCAUCAAGCCUUCUGGAUUCUAUGACAGGCGGUUUUUGAAAUUAAUGAGAUUCUAUAUUUUGUUGACUGGAAUUCCAGUAGCAGUUGGCAUAACUCUGGUGAAUGUAUUCAUUGGUGAAGCUGAGUUGGCAGAUAUUCCAGAAGGCUAUGUCCCAGAACACUGGGAAUAUUUCAAGCAUCCUAUAUCAAGAUGGAUUGCUCGAACUUUCUAUGAUGGUCCUGAAAAGAAUUAUGAAAAAACGAUGGCCAUCCUUCAAAUUGAAGCUGAAAAGGCUGACUUACGGUUAAAGGAGCUAGAAGUUCGAAGAUUAAUGCGUGCAAGAGGCGAUGGUCCGUGGUAUCAGUAUCCAACCAUUGAUAAGGCACUUAUUGAUCAUUCUCCAAAAACAACUCCUGACAACUAAUCUUUUAUUUCUCUAAAUAUAAAUAUAUUCUCUUUCAGGAAAAAUAAAUUACUAAAUGUAUUCUGUAUUUUUUUCUGUGUGAUGAAUAAAAGAUCCUCUUCAUUGCUUCUCAA